AUGUAUCAUAAUAAGGUUCUUGUUUUUUUUAAGCCAUUAGAAGACCAAGUGUUAUCACAAAAAUUAAGUCAGUUAUCCAUGACUUCCUUUCGAACACCUGAACAUCUUAUUGAAAUCACUGAAGAUCAGGUUGAAAAUAUCCCGUAUUAUUUAACCAAAGAAAGUAAAUCUUUCCAACAAAUAACCAGUGAUUUAUCAUCGAGUGAAUUAAUCGAAGAACUACGACAACUGGCCAUUUUGAUACAUGAACUUUUAAUGAUCGAGUUUCACAAAUCACUUUGGACAAUCUAUUUGAAAUCAGGUACAGGUCAACUCCAAUUAAAUCAAAUGGAUCAUCAUCAUCAUCCUAUUCAACCACAUCUUUGGCCCUUGGAAGUUCAAAAAC